GGACGCGGGCGGGGUAGCGCGGGCCGAGCGCGGAGUCAUGGGCCGGGUUGGGGCCGGGGGCGCGGCGCGGGCGGCAGCGCCGCUGCUGUUGCUGCUGCUCCUCACUCGGCCCCUGCCUGCCGCCGCCGGCGACAGCAAGAAGAGCGAGGCUGGGCUGGUAUCUGAACACUUCUCUCAGGCCCCACAGAAGCUGUCAUUCUACAGCUGGUAUGGCAGCACCCGGCUCUUCCACUUCCGCGUGCCCCCAGACACAGUGCUGCUUCGCUGGCUGCUGCACGUGUCCCAGAGCGGUCCCUCAUGCACUGACGUAGAGAUCACGGUGCAUUUCCGCUAUGGCGCCCCUCCUGUCAUCAACCCGCUGGGCACUAGCUUCCCUGAUAACACCUUGAGCCAGGCCUCCUUCCACAUCAGGGCAUUGCUGAGCACCAUGCUACUGGGCAACACCUCUGUCAACAUCUCUCACCCAGCCCCUGGGGACUGGUUUGUGGUGGCUCACCUCCCUCCCUCUUCCCAGAAGAUCGAGGUGAAGGGCUCUGUUCCUACCUGUGCCUACUUCUUCCAGCCUGAUAUGCUGGCCAUGAGGGUGGUUGAAGUCUCCAUCCUAGAGCCUGAUGUCCCCCUCCCAAAGACGCUGCUCUCCCACGCCAGCUACCUCAAGAUCUUUGUCCCUGAAUACACCCAGGAGCUUCGGUUGGACCUGCAGGGCUGUGUGUCCAGUGUGAGCCCCGGCUGCCCAGUGCGUCUCACAGUGGGUGCAUCCACCCUGCCUAGAAACUUCCAAAAGGUGCUGAGUUGCACUGGUCUCACUCCAUCCUGCCAUUUGCUGCUGUCCACACCACCCUGGGGCCGGUGGCUACAAGUGACAGUUGAGAGCCUGGCAGGACCUCAUGUGUCAGUGGUCUUCAAUGUUGAAGCUGCCUUUACAGUGUGCAGGCCAUGGAGUGUGACCUUCCAUCGUCUUAUGCAAAACAACCCAAACCAGAGCCAUGACACCUCUGUGGGCCGACUGUCCCAAAGCCCUGCCCACUGGGAACUGGGCAGGAGUGGUGGCAUAAGCAGUGGCCCCUUCUGUCUCCUGAACUAUCCAGUCAUGAGAGAAGACACGGACGUGGUGUCUGUACACUUCCAACCCCUGAAUGGGGCCUUCGUGAUGGUGUAUGCAAACAUACCUUCUGUAAUGCAGCUCCGUCUUGACACAGGCAUGGACAGCGGGGGCUCUCUCAUCAUCAGUCUGAGGGCUAACCAGACAGAGAUCACAAAUGGUACCUUGGUAGCAGCUUGUUUGAACGCUGCCUCACCCUUUCUCAGCUUCAACACUUCACUCAACUGUACCACAGCCUUCUUCCAGGGCCAUUCCAUGUUUCUGAGUGCCUCAUCUCCCACGGUCAACCUCAUCAUUCCCUACCCGGAGACAGACAACUGGUACCUCUCCUUGCAGCUUGUGUGCCCUGAGAGUUCUGAGGAAUGUGAACAGGCCGUAGCUCGUGUGGAGACCAUCUUGUAUCUGGUGCCCUGUUUGAAUGACUGUGGGCCUUAUGGCCAGUGCCUCUUGCUCCGUAGAUACGGCUAUCUGUAUGCAGGCUGCAGCUGCAAAGCAGGUUGGCGCGGGUGGAGCUGCACCGACAACAGCACAGCCCAGACUGUGGCCCAGCAGAGGGCAGCCACGCUCCUGCUCACGCUCAGCAACCUCAUGUUCCUGGCCCCCAUAGCUGUGUCCCUGCACCGGUCCUUCCUGGUUGAGGCUUCUGUCUACUUUUACACCAUGUUCUUCUCCACGUUCUACCACGCCUGUGACCAGCCGGGGGAGGCAGUGUUGUGCAUCCUCAGCUAUGACACACUUCAGUACUGCGACUUUCUGGGCUCAGGGGCGUCCACCUGGGUGACAAUUCUUUGCAUGGCCCGUCUGAAGACAAUCCUGAAACAGGUCCUGUUUGUCCUGGGCACACUGGUCAUCGCCAUGUCCUUGCAGAUGGAUCGCAGGGGCAUCUGGAACUUGAUGGGACCCUGCCUCUUUGCCUUUGUGAUCAUGGCCUCCAUGUGGAUGUACCGCUGUGGGCACCGGCGUCAGUGCUACCCCACCUCGUGGCAGCGCUGGGUCUUCUACCUCCUGCCCGGCAUCUCCAUGGCCUCUGUAGGUAUCGCCAUCUACACCUCCAUGAUGACCAGUGAAAAUUACUACUACACGCACAGCAUUUGGCACAUGCUAUUGGCUGGUAGUGCGGCUUUCCUCCUGCCACCGCCAGAGGAGCAGGCCGAGUCGUGGGCUUGCUUGCACAAGUUCCCUUGUCACUAUCAGAUCUGCAGGAAUGACCGGGAUGAGCUGUACACGGUGACGUGAUAGACAUGGCUGGCUCAAGGACACCUGAUACUCUGAUGACCUCUUCAGCUAGGGCAGGGACAAGAGAGGUGCCUAUCUAGCCAGACCAGGUUUCCACCUGAAUAAAAUUGUCCUGCGACCCUUGGCUUCUUUUCCCAGAGGAGAGGACUCCUCCAUCCCUAAAUCUCUGUGGCUGCUGCCACUGUCCUCUGUAGGUCCCAGCUGCUUCUACCUGGAGACCGCAGGUACCAUUUGUGGGCGAAUCACUAUGUUAAGGUUGAAGAUAGAGAUAAGGGAUCCCUAUUGUCCCAUUUGCUUGUGAAGCUGUAAUGUGAGACAUACAAGGCAAGGAAGCCUGAGUCCAUAGAGACCACUGUCCCUAACAGCAUGUACCAUCCUGCCUUGGCAUGGGGAUGCCCUGUUGCUGCCAUUGCUGUGGAUGAGUCCAGGAGCUGAUAAGGCCCGGGGUGGGGGGGCAUGCACUGUCCCUCGUUCUCUGUUGGAGCCACAGAUCCUGAGAAGAACCUGGACUGGCGGGGUACUCAGCUGUAUGAGGAGUGGCCCCAGAAGGCACACACUACCCUACUUAUGUGCCCUCCUCAUCCUAAAGGUCCUACCUAGGUCCUAGUCUAGUGAGCGUUAAUUUGUGUUGUCCCUAGGAUGCUGACCCCCUACUGAAUCAGCUGAGGUUUCAGGAGAGGGUUCUGGAGCCCUGGCCCAAUCUUUCUGGUGCCUCCUGGGGGCUCUAAACUGAUUGGUGCAGUGGUCCUGUUCCACUGUGAGGGCCAACUGCCUUGUGGCCUUGGACCUUUUGUCCUGGUUUUGUCGGGAUAUGGACUUUCUGGGCUGCUCCCCCAGCUACUGACACCCUUUAUUUGGCCACCAAAGCACACUUCAGCCCCCGAAAGGGGAAACAUGUAUAUACUGUUGGGGGUAGCUGGGUAAAAUGUUAAACUGUUCUAUGAAGGCAUAUUUUUAUGUAAUUGAUUAAUUUAAUAUUCUAUAAUGAUUUUUCAAACCAAA